AUGAGUGGAAAUACUUUCGUCGUACGAAUAGCAAAUGCCCUUUUUAAGUCAUCGCUAGCUAAUCACAGCCCAUCAGUUUACCCAAAGCGCAUUAAACACUUUGAGAUUCUGCCCAACGAGAAAUGGGUCAUAUGGGGACCUGGGAAGGGCAAGUUUCUUAGUGUACUGAGCAACAAAUACAUCUGUGAGCCUCCAUUAUCUUUGAGGUUUGGAUUUUUAAAACAAAGCUCUAACAUCUUGCCUAGAGUAGAGCAAGUUGCUUUUAAAGGCGUUAUGCCAACUGCUCAUUUAAGUGCCCGAUACGAAUAUUUUAAAGACGAUUAUGACCAAACAUGCAAACAGUUUAUAUUUGACAAGGCGAGCGGGUCAAAUGCUGUUUCAUAUAAAGUUGAGACGAACGAUCGUAAAAUAAACAUGGAACUAUAUAAUGUUCUAAUUGAAAACUUAAGAUUGACCAGCUUACAGGAUAGGUGGGUAAUGGGGUUAAGUAAUGGACAAAUGAGGAGAGCAAGACUAGCACGCAGUAUACUCAAGGAACCGGAUCUACUAUUAAUCGAUGACCCAUUUUUAGGGCUGGAUCCAGGUGCAACAGCAACAAUUUCAAAAUUCCUAGCUGGAUAUGAUAACAGGAAAGUGAAUGGUGGAUGCCCAAUCGUCAUUGGGUUGAGGUUUCAAGAUACUAUUCCGGCAUGGUGUACCCAUAUAUGUUGCGUCGAUGAGCAAAAAGGCAUAUUGUUUGAAGGCCCGAUCGAAAAACUUCAUAAUAAAAUAGAUGAAAUCCGAUUACGUUCAAUGAAAGAACUAGAACAGUUCAAGGAAAGAAAGUCUUCCAAAGGGGAUUUUCCUAUUGAAAACUUGAUCUGCAUGCAUCCUAUGUUCGGCAAAAAAGACCAUGAAAUUAUCAAAAUGCCACAUGUUUUAGAAUUAGACGGACUGAGUGUCUCAUACAAAGGCGAAGCUAUCUUGGAAAACUUGCAUUGGAAAAUCCAACCCGGUUCGACGUGGCAUAUAAGAGGAGACAACGGGUCAGGUAAAUCGACCUUACUAUCUUUGCUUACAGCAGAGCAUCCUCAAUCGUGGAAUUCGAAGGUGAUUCAAAAUGGCGUUCCACGGAGGACAGGUAAGACAAACUAUUUUGAAAUAAAUAGUAAAAUAAGUAUGUCAUCACCUGAAUUACAUGCAAUUUUUUUAAAGAAUGCUGGAGGAAAAUUAAGCAUUCGGGAAAGUGUUGCAACUGGCUACCGUGAUACAUCUUCUAAUAAUUUCUUACCAAUAUGGAAUUCUUUAGACAAAAAUGCCAAAAUAAUUGUGGACAUGUAUUUGAGCUAUUUUGGUUUGGAUAAAAAUGCCGAUACCGUUUUAUUUCAACAAUUGACCGUAAGUGAUCAGAAACUUGUCCUUUUUAUCAGGUGUUUGAUCAAGAUGCCGCAGAUACUGAUUCUUGAUGAAGCAUUUUCUGGUAUGGAAGUGGGACCAAUGAUGCGUUGUCAUGAACUUUUAGAAGAAUGGCCUGGAACUGUUCUUGUAGUGGCACAUGUUGCUGAAGAGACACCAAAAUGUGAUCAUUACCUAAGACUCAUAUCCCCUAGAGAGUAUGAAAUUGGUGAUAUCAAUGAAAAUUAG